AUGUACCUGGCAACACUCCACGAGACGGAGCAGUACGCACUCUACCUCCGGAGUGCUCCACACAAGGCUGCCGGACUUGUCUCCGAGUGCUCGGACCCAGGGACCAAGGACAAGAUCUUGGCAGAGCUAAAGGAUGAGUGGCAGUUGAUUCUAGAGCUGGAAGGCUCGGCAUCCGGAGCUGCUCUCUUGAGGGCCAACUGUUUGCAUUGCACAUUCCAGUGCUUUCGUGAAACGAUGGGUGCCUAUGAGAAAAGCAACUGGAAGCUCGAAGCCGAAGCCAACGGAAUCACCGCCGCCUGGUUCCCGUCGUUUUGUCAGUCGGCAAGCUUAGAGUCGGUGUUCGGCGACUUGUCCGACGCAUGCAAAAGGAGCCUGCAGAACAGACUCGGCACAGCGGAUGGGGCACCCGACCAGGUGCAAGGAAAGAAUCCGGAAGUCGCGGCUGCUGGCUUCUGGGCGAGCAACUGCUUCGCCACCGGCAUGCUGCUGAAGUACAAGGACUGCUUCUACGUGGCCACUGGCAAAACCCCGGGUGUUUUGCAGGCAGCUCGCCUGAUGGAGCUUCCCUAUGUUUUCUCUGGGAAGCUGCCACAGCAGGCGACGGACGAGACGCGAAUGCCGUGCAACGCGCCAGUGGAAGAGGACCCCCUCGACGAGGGAUCCAGAACCGCGGCUCUGACUUUGGAUGUUGGAAGGCAUCUGAUCCACCAGCUCUGCUUCGAGUACGACGAGGUGAGGCUUUAUGGCUACACUUUGCACAUUUGUGACAAAAGCUUGGAGGCGAAGUGUGGCACAGCUGUGAUCCUCAGAAGGGGUCUCCAGGAGCUCCCUUUGAUGGAGUAUCUGGUGUUUUCGCAGCAGAUUCUUCUGUGUACGAAUGCAUCCCUGACGGAACUGCUGCAGCAGCACGACAUCCAGAUGCCGAAGAACUCCACGAAGCCCCAGAGGCUCAGGCGAAUCUUGGCUAUGGAUCAGGUCCGGAAUGCUUGCGGCGACGCAAAGAUCCAGAAGCUGCUCAGUCUCUUGGAAGCAGGAAGCAAAGAAAAAAACAAGGAAAAGGAGAACGAAGAGCAGAAGGACGAGGACGAGGUUGAAUGGGAGGAGCUUUUGGAAGAUCCGGCAACGGAGGCUUGCAAGCAGCUCCUUGCGCGGAUGGAAGAAGAAGAGAAGCAGGAUGAAGACAAGCAGGACCGUUAG